GGUAACAAAACCUGUGCCAGCAGUGUGAGAUAGUGGCGGGCGCGGUCUGAAGAAGCUGAGCGUCCAGGAUACCUCCAGCAAAGCGAUGAUUCAGCUUCUUUCGUAACACUACCUGUGUAGUGUAAUAAGCAUUAUGCUAACACCUUCCACGAUGAGUCCUACCUCGGUGCAAUCACCCCGCUCCUUACCCAGCGCAAGCCCUGUUCCAUAGCUAAGACUACACAUAGGUGAAGUCCAGCGUCUCUGUUUUGCCAAUUACGCAGGCACUUGUGCCUCUGUGAGAAAACAAUGAACAUUUCUGGACCCCUUUACUGUGGUGCUUGAGGCACCUAAGCACAUUGUACGAGCAAAGGUCUUUUAGUCCCUGCUUACAGCAAGUCAUUUCCCGCAACAGGCGGCGAGCGCAAACAUCAUGCGCGCCUGUGACUCGGGGCUUUGGCUCCUUCUUAGUCUAGGGCUACUACACGGACUUACAUGUUUUGCACAAAGUGUAACGAGCUUCGGCGACCUUCUGUUCUUGAGUUCAGCGACGGGUGACGUUGUGGUUGAGCUCGCAUCCGGCAAUUUCACCUGGAGCCAACAUUUGGAAGUUCCAGAUGCUGUAACCAGCCUGGUGAUUCGGGGCUCGCGACAACGGGACGCAAACGGUCAGCCAAGCACUCGGUUCGUAUGUGACGACAGCGCACUGCCAGCUGCGGAAGCUCUUUUUACAUAUCAGGGCUUGUCCCUCACAAUUGAAAACGUGACCUUUACGGGCUGUCAAAACCGUGCCGUGUCCAUGGUGUUCAUCGCAAACGCCGACGCGCGGGUGUCUAUCGUGGGCUCCCUGUUCCACAACAACAGUCGCACGGUGGACACGGCCACUCCUGAUAACGAUAAGCCGCUGUGCCUUUAUGUGGGCGAUAACUUCGUGGGUUCCCUGGACCUGACCAACACGUCCUUUAUCGCUAACACCUGGGGCAAGCCCGUGCCGGCUGGACGGCGCCGGGAGGCCCAAGAGGUGGGAGGCAUUGACGCGCCGCCACCAGCAGCGCCGCCUGCUGAUGAUGGGGCCGGCAGCAGCAGCGGGGAGGGUGGUGGCUUUGGGACCACGGCUGGCGGCUACGGCAGCAGCUACGGCGGUGGCCAUAAUGGAGGAUACAGUGGAUACGGUGGUGAUGGUGGCGGCUACGGCGGUUACGGUGGCUCACCGCCACCUGCUGAGCCGGAGGGCGAUGGCGGCACCCCCGGGGAUGCCGCCGGUGACAACAAGCUGCGUGCGUGGCAGACGACUGUGGGCAUAGCGUGUGGUGGAGGCACCACAACGAACUGCAGCGUCACUGUCACCAACAGCAAGUUCAUCAACAACACUGGCGGCCUCAACAGCGCCCUCUACGUCCUGUGCCAAACAAAUGACCCUCUACUGGUGCCCAUGCGGUGCAAUAUCGAUAUACUGACCUCGUCAUUUGAAGGCAACCUGCUAUUGGAUGUGGACGGAAAUGGCACUGCUGUGGUUGAGAAGGGCGGACCGCACAGCGCGGUUCUUGUGGCCGCAGCGACGGCGUCAGACUUGACAACCAUCAACGCCAACGUGGCCUUUAGCACGCGUAUCAUCAACGUGGACGUACCCAAGAUGGUGCCGUCAGCCGACGGACUUAGCAGUGCACCUGAUUGGAGCAGCCUCGAAGCGCAUAACGAAUUCUUGCCACCUCCCGUUGAAGUUCAUGCCAGAGUCUCAGGAUGCGAGUUUAUUGGCUCCAGCACUGGUGGCGCUGGUGUUACCGUCACUGCAUAUAGUUCUAUCUAUUUCGGAUGGUUUCUUUGUUAACAACACUGGGGCGCUCAUUGUGCUGGCGGCUGAAAACGUCACUCUAACGGACACACGUGUUCACAACAACAGUGCGUAUGCAACAGCUCUGGAUGACCAUGUAAGCCCGGGCAAUGAAAUCGCCAGCACAGUCAAGAUUCAGCCUAACUUCUUCUUGCGCAACACGAGUGUCAUUCUUGACCGACUUUCUCACACCGGAAACCAUGGUAGACAAACGGGUACUUUCACCGUUCUAUACUUGGCUACAAGUAUUGCUUAUGAUGAAUAUAUCUACGUUGCCUUUUCUGUCCACAAUAGCACUUUUGCACACAACAGCUGCGAUUCGAAAGGGUGUUGGCAGAGUGAGAGAGCGCUCUACAUGUACCAGAUCAGGCACCUACAGAUGAACAACACUGUGUUUGAGGGCAACAACAUGGGUGCCUUGGCUAUGGAGACAGUGGGCACGUUUUUUGCGUCCAAUGUGACUUUUACGAACAACUACAACCCGUACCGGCUGGAGGAAGGUGGCAGCAAUGCACAGUUCUCAGUAGGUGGCGGUGCCAUCUACGUGGCCACGUCCAUGCUUUCCCUUGCUUCUGGCGCUGCCAUUGGCUCCUGGCACAUUGGCGGCAAUUAUUUGUUUGAUGACUGCAGGUUUAUCAACAACACUGCCUUGGGAGCUGGCGGCGCUAUCCGCAUAGAUGGUGUUGAGUCCCAGUACCGGCGGUGCCUAUUCCAGAACAAUUGGGCAUUGAAUGGUGGCGCUAUAUCGGUUUCCAGCAACGACAUUUACUUGCACAACUGCGCGUUCAUUGGUAACACCGCUGGGAGGGCGGGCGGGGCAAUCAAUUACGAUGGAGCAACGAACAUCGGCCAAAAUACUGGGCAACGGUUUUCUGCAUUCCAUACGCUUUUUGCCAACAACACGGCCUCGUGGGACACGCCGAUAAUAGAUACCGUAACAGGAGCAGAUGACGCCUAUCCGGAUUACGGUGGAGGAGCUAUACAACUUACAAACAAUGCAAAUGACUUAACCAUCUAUGGGUGUAAUUUUACUGGCAACACGGCUUUUGGCAACAAAGGUGGCGCAAUCCAGCUUUUGACACCGAAAGCCCCUUCUAUUGAUACAUGUUUAUUUGUAAACAAUCAAGCGGCUGCGGGGGCAGCUGUAUAUGUGGAGAAGGUCCCAACCGUUUUAAAUAUCGAGCACACCGACUUUCUCAACAACACUGUCAUGCAGCAGAUUGACGAUGCAGACAGGUUUCAACUGGCUAUUGCUGGGCAGGGAGGUGCCGUGUACGGCCUGGCAACCCAGAUUAUCAUUCGUUGCUCCUGCCUGCUACAAGGCAACAUGGCCAUGCAGGGUGGCGCUGUAUACAUCAGCGCGCAAAGUGCCCUGUCAAUUGAUGGCUUUACCCAGAGCCUAUCCUGCCCUCUGUCCAUAUAUAAGGACCGUUCAUACUCAAUUGGCUUCAUCGACAACGCCGCAGUGCUGGGUGGCGCAAUCUUUGCGGAUAGCUCCUCUAUCAAAUUGAGCAGUACACCUGGUGCUCGUAAUAUUACGUGGAAGUAUGAUGGAAAGCAGGAUGCGCGUGACGAUGUGGACGUGGAUGAAGUGAUGCCCCUAGGCAUCCUUUUGUAUGGCAAUCGUGCUUGUGGCGGCGGCGCAGUAUAUGUUUACAGCGGUUGGGGCCUUAGUAUGACUGGUGUAGCAUUCAUAGCUAAUCAAGCAAGACAAUCUGUUGUUUUGGGCAACCAGACCAAAGAAGGACUAUUUGCAGCUUUCCCAGCC